GGCGAGGGCGAAGCCAUGGGUGGUGUGAGGGUGGGGACAGGUUGUUGUGUGUGGCGGCGGCAGGCUGAGGCAGCAGGCGGGCAGCGGCAGGCAGGCCAGGCAGGCGGCGUGAGGCGUGUGUCUGCUCAGUCCGCUGGCUGCUUAUCAACAACAUCGCCACUUUCAACACACUCAACAUCCUGCCCCAUGCCGUCCAGCAGUGACAUGGACAAGAUGGAAGGAGUGGAAGCAAUGGAUUCAGUGUCACAGGGAAUGGAGGCAGUAACACAGGAUGAUGUGGUAGAAGGUACUGCAUCUAAUGUGAAGACAGAUGGCGAAGCUGUUGCUGUCAGUGUGAAGGCAGAAGGCAAAGAUAGUGAAUCCAGUGUGAAGGCAGAAGGCAAAGAUAGUGAACCGAGUGUGAAGGCAGAAGGUGAUGCUAGUGAAGCCAGCAUGAAGGCAGAAGGUGGAGAUGAGACAUCCUCAGAAAACACGGACAACCCAGCUUCCUCAACACACACCAUCACAAAGGAGGUGGAUGAAGAGAAAGGUGAUGGGGAAGGAAAAGAGGAAGAUGUGGAUGGAGCAACCAAGAAAGAUGCCAAGUCAGAACCAAGGAAAUCUGUUGAAAAGAAUGUGGGCAUCACAGAGUACGCUGGUGAUCAUGCUGGCUUCUUUGGCAUCAUUAAACAGAGGUAUUGUGACUUCAUAGUAAAUGAAGUGAACAGUGGUGGUGAGAUUGUCUGCAUCACCGAGCAGAUGGUUCCUCACGAGCCAGAGGAAAUUCCAUGUGAGCCUGUUGAUCUUCCUCCAGAACUUACCCCAGAGAAGAUUAAAGAGCUGAACAAAUUGGCUGGUGUGAGGGAACCUCUCAGGCUGUCCCGAGUGCCCCCACCAUCCCUGGGGUCCGAGGCGACAGGGGGAGCUGAAGAGGAUGCAGGGAAGGCAGAUGAGAGCCUAGACACAGAUACAGAGAAGUUAUUAGAUGACCAAGACACAUCCAUGAAAGAUGAGAAUGAGAAGGAAAAGGAAUACACAUCCAUGGAGGAGGAAGGGGAGAAAGAAUAUGAGGAAAAAGAGAAAAUGGAGGAACAUGAGGAUGAUGAUGAUGAUGAAGAGGAUCAUGAGGAUGAGGAGGAAGAGCACAUGCAGGAUGAAGAUGAUGAAGCAGGUAUGAAGGAAAAGGGUGAGGAGUCUGAAACACAAGCCAAGGACAGUGACCAGAAGGAGAGGACAGAGAGAGAAAACGGAGAAAGUGUCAAACCCAAGACUUCCCCUAAACCUCGUGCUCACGAGGUGCUGAUCAAUGUAGACAAGAUAGACAAGGAAGGUCGCACAGCUAUCCACCGUGCAGUGAAGGCCAAAUACCGCACGGUGGACAGUGUGUACCGAGAGCUGCCAGAUGGGAGCCGCUACAUCGUGGUGCGCAGAAAGAAAGGUGAGUCAGCAAGUGCAAUACGGCGAGACAAGAGCCUAUGGCCCAAGGCUCAGAUGUAUACCACCUUUGUACUCUACAAAGAGAAUGUGGACACCAUGGAAGCCAUCAACCAUAUUGCCUGGAAGAUUAGAGUGAAGCCCAAUAACUUUGGCUAUGCAGGGACCAAAGACAAGCGAGCAAAGACAAGCCAGCUGGUGUCUGUGAGCCGAGUUCCACCGCACAAGCUGUGGAAUGCCACCAGAUUCCACAGAGGCAUCGAGCUGGGGAACUUCCGCUUCCGACCAACCCCUCAGAAGCUCGGUCAGCUGCGGGGCAACCACUUCAGAAUUGUGCUCAGAGAGGUGAAGGGGGCUGAUGAAGUGAUCACCUCAGCCAUUGAGUCCCUGAAGGUGCGUGGCUUUAUCAACUACUACGGCCCACAGAGAUUUGGCACCACCAGUAUCCCCACACACACCAUUGGCAAAGAGCUUCUCAAGAGCAACUGGCAGCAGGCUAUCAAUCUCAUUCUCUUACCACGGGAGAACGACAUCCCUGAGCUGAACCGCUGCCGCAAGAAGUGGAAGAAAACGGGAGAUGCAGACGCUGCCUUGCGUUCUCUGCCAAAGGGGUGGGAGUCAUCUGUGGAAGCUCAGUUGCUCAAGGGUCUGGUGCAGCUCAAUAGCAACGACCUCGUGGGAGCUCUUGGCCGGAUCCCACGGAACACUCGACUGCUGUACCUCCACGCCUACCAGAGUUUUCUUUGGAACACAGUGGCCUCACGUCGUAUACAGAAGUAUGGGCUGAAAGUGCUGCCAGGGGACAUUGUGCGUGUAAAGGACCACACAGUUGUAGAGGAAGAGCUCCCAGUGACGACACCAUUUGACACGCAGGGCAGUGGAGGCGAAGGAGAGAAGGUAGGCACUCACUGGUGGAAUGAGGAGGUGACCAGAGCUGUGCAGGAGAAGAAGGAGGCAUAUGCACUGAAGAUGCAGACUGAGGGGGUGAGUGAGGAGGAACAGAAAGAACGGCGGAGGAGGUACCAGGAGGCCAAGCAGAGGGCCAAGAAGGUAGUGAGAGAGAGCAAGCGUAAGUCAGAGGAGGAGCUCAGAAAGUAUUGGGCCAAGCUCGAGACUCUCCCCCCACAGGCAUUGGAGGACGAGAGCAACGAUGGCAAUGAGUCUGACACGGAGAAUGGCACCAAGGAAGAUAAGGUGGCUGUAGAGGGAGAAGCAUCCACCAAGCCUCCAAACCUCCACUUUCUGACGGAAGAGGAAGCGGAAAAGACAGACAUUUGUGAGGUCCUGCUGCCACUGCCUGGGUAUAAUGUUGAGUACCCAAAAAAUGAAAUGAAGGAAUGGUAUGAAGAGCUGCUGCAGGCUGAUGGACUCUCAUUUGAUUCCCUAAAACAUAGAGUCAAAGCAUAUGCCGUGGGUGGUGUGUACCGGCGGCUCCUGGUGCGUCCUAGCAAUGUGGCCGGCACCAUCUGUUACUACCGUGACCCCACCAAGCCACUCAUCCAGUCUGACAUUGACAAACUACGGGGCAUUGAUAUGAAGGACAAUGUUUUAACAGAGGGACCCAACAAGGGAGUUAUUGUGGAGAUGACACUACCAUCAUCUUCCUAUGCCACUGUGGCCCUUAGAGAGUUGCUCAAGAUGGAGACGUCCUCACAGUUCCAAGCAACCCUGAACACUGUUGAAUAUACUCCACGCAACAGGGACUUCAGCAGCCGGCGGGGCCGUGGUGGAGGAAGGGAGGAUGCAGGGGUGUGGAGAGUCCAGGGCCAGGGCUUCCGAGGCUCCUGGAGGGGUCAUGGCGAUGGGGGACCAUGGCACCAGGGGCGGGGUAGGGGUGGUGACAGAGGAGGAUACAGGGGGGGGUUUAGGGGAGGACGUGACUAUGGGUGGGGCGGAGGAAGAGGUGGGUGGAGAGGAAGAGGAGAAAAGAGGCCAAGGAGAGGUGGGGACAUGUGGAAUCCGAAGAGGGGACGGUUCUGAUCAGCUGUCUGGUGUGUUUUUGCUGGCUACCUGCGGCUGCUUCUCACUUGGCUCUGGAACCUUGGAGGGGCUACAUAUUGAAGUUUUUAAUUCCACAUUUUAUUCUAGAUACAUACAGUUGAAUUAUGUUUGUAGCAUUGACAUAUUCCUUCCGUAAAAUAGAGCUAAGUUUCUCAACAGACACAUGUGCUGGCUGGAGUAACACACACCCACACACACAUGUACACGUACACGUACAUUUCAUUCAGAAUUGCAUCAAUGAAUGUGUUGCGUAAUUAGUCAAACAAAAUGUUAGAAGUUUUUAAAAUUUAAUAUUAGCAUAGGGCAUUCUUUGUGUAUUUUUGCAUAGGUAUGUAUGAAUGUAUAAUUGCACAUUACCUUGUUUUGUAUUUAGGAAAUGUCUAAUUAUGCAUAUUUCUGGUACAGAUUGGUUGAGAUGAUUAACCCCUAAGCUUCAGGUAUGAGCACAACUUUCAUUUCCCCAACAUGGGAGGUUUUGUGAUUAAUGCCACGAAUUAGGUGUUUUUCAUUAAUGUCCUGUAAAGGAAUUUUAAUUAAAAACAUUAUAGAUUAUUAUCGUGUAGUCACGGCCAAUCCUUUUCUCCAUGAUCUAACAAACUGGUAGCAUUUAGGUCUUACCAUGUCAAGGAUACAGAGUUUGAGAGAGGUGCUACUUUCAGCUGAGACGGUGCACAUGUUGUGUGCAGUAACCAACUACAGCUCCUGCCCUGCAUAGGGAAGGGGAGGGACUGGCUGCAGCACUGCAUCCUUUCAUGCAUUCAGGCAUGGGGAAAUCAUUCUCACUGUUGACAUCUGUCAUGAUGGUGAGUUAUAUUCCAGUAAGGGGUGAUUGGUACACUAGGAUUGCCAUUAACUUUUAACACAAUAUUUUUUCAGCACUAUUACAUGUCCCCAUGAUUUUCCCUCUUGACAUAAAUCCGUAAGUUGUGUGGGCACUUCAGAGAAAUUCUAACACUACUCAUGGUGAACCUGGAUUUGGAUAGCUGCACUUUUAGAAGACAACCAGUGUGAAAAUUGCUGGGUUUAGUUUUGGGAUAUUCAUAUGUUUCAGCCUUAUCAGUCAUUGAACACUAGUUUUUGUCACUAUGAGCAUAACUCACUUUGGUUUACUAUGGUCAUAGUUUUCCCAAUGCUUCCCAAGCUCACAUGUGAGUGAGUUUGUUGCUGUCAUGUAGAACUCUUUCUACCAAGUUCUUGUGAACAAGCAGCUAGUGUAAAUAAAUAGGUAGCACAAAGGAUGGCACUGACAACAUGAAGCAAGCAGAAAGAGCAACCAUUAGUGUCACCCAAAGCUUAGGGGUUAACACUAACUACACCAGUUGGUGAAGGUGUGCACAUCAGGUAAGUGUUCAGUGAGCAGUGCUAGAAUGGUGGACUGGACCGGUGAACUGAAGCAGACAGCAGUGUAAGGACUCAACUCGGCUUCCGUCAUUAAUCAGUAAAGGACAGUGACUCAUAAUUUUUUAAUUGAAUCUUGAAAAUUUUGUACAAGGUUGGUAUGGUCAGUGUUUUUAUAUCAAGUAAAGAAAUUCCCAUUUAAAAUAUGCAGGAGUAACAAGUAAUUAAAGCCAUCAAGUGUACAUCCUUCAUUUUAGUCUUGGACUCUGUAAAGUACAAGUUGAAUGAUCUUAAUGUCCUGACUUAGAUCCAUUCCAUAUAACCUGCAUUUAUAUUUGUUUAUUUCAUGUAUUUCAUUAUUUUCAUAGCUACACAAGCCAUUUAUUCAUGCGACAAACUGGAGCAGUACUGAAUGGAUACCACAUAGCUUGACAUGUUAAGAUGUCCAAGAAAAUUCCAUGUGGUUUUGCUUUGCAGGCUUGACCUAAGACAAAAAAUGGUGCUAAAGCUCAUUUUUCAAUGGGUAUUUUGUAGAUUCUUAGUUCUUGAAGUUUAGUAGCUAAGAACACUUGGCAAAAUACUGUAUGUUUUGUCUUCAACACUUUGUACUACAUAAGGUAAUACUGUAACAAUUUUGAUGUAUCACUCAUUAUAGACUGUAAGUGCUCCUCAAAAUGAAGCUAUAAAUGGAGUGGUUUCAGAAA